UGCGCUCGACAAACCACGCCCCCGCGUCGAGCAUGAACGUGAUCUGUGGACGCGUGGCUUGUGCGCCGACGAACUCGAGCCCUAGGCUUGGAUCCGGCCGCUCGCCGGUGAGUUCAAAGCGCGCGACGGCCAACCUGCUGCCCAAGCUCCACAGCCGAAAAAAUGGAAGGGGCUCGAUGUUCGUCGUGAGGGCCUCGGAUGGCACCGAGAGCUCCACCAUGGACUACGCCGGUGCCCUGAAGUUUCUCGGUCUGAGCGAAAGUGCAUCCUCUGAGGAUAUGGUCCGGGCGAAGAAUCAGAUGAUCGCGCGCUAUGAGAACCAGGAGGAUAAGCUGCAGAAGGUCGAAGCAGCGUACGAUGUCGUGCUCAUGAGGAGCCUCAUGAAGCGUAGCCAGGGAGAGGUCUCAGACAACAGGGUGAAGUACGCCGACGUUUUGAGUCCUGGGGCGACCGUCAAACAGAAUCUUCCACCAUGGGCGCGGGACUUGACCACAAAGUUACCUCCGAGGCCGGCGUUUGAAACUCCGGACAACGAGACCCUCACGCAGUGCGGUAUUGCCCUGGGUGUGCUGACCGCGUUGACUCUUGCACAGGGUUGCUCGCAGCCUCCUGGUGUCGACAAUCCUCCUGGCUUGCAGCUGUCACUCGCUCUCUUGGGUUCUGUCUGGCUUCUGCGCAAGAAGAACCUGACACUUUCUCGCUCCAUCUCCCUCGCCCUCCUCGGUCUCUCCGCUGGCGCCUUCGUCGGUGGUGCAGUGCAAGGUUGGCUCCGCGUGGACAUCGUCCCUCUCGGCGCACUGUCGUCGCCUUCUGCUCUGGUCAGCGAAUUCGGUCUCGUGGGUAUUUUUGCUGCCUCAGCUUUCCUGUACUGAGUCUUCAGUGGAGGAUCAGCGAAACGGGUGUGUACACUAGUAUAAACGGGUGGGGAAGAGAUCUGAAUCUUCAUAUUUCGGGGGGAACUCACACAGAUGUAUGAACAAGCAGGUACACGUGUGAGCGAGGGCAAAAAAUGCCAGGGCGCACGCUCCUUGUACGACGUAGGAGGUUGAAAUGAUUACUUAUCGGAUAAUAU